AUGUGGGUCAGGGCCCUUCCCUGUACUGCAGGGUGUUACGCCAAGGUGACCCCCAUUUGUACUGGUACAGACGUAGUCUGA